AUGCCGGUUACGAUCGCUCUCAAGCUCUCCUGGCGUCCAUGCCGGGGGCUUGAUCAAUUGGAUAUUCGCCAUUCCGGCCAUCUACACCAUCGAUACUUUUGGCCACCGCAACCUCCUGCUCACUACUUUUCCUCUAAUGGCAUUGUGUCUCCUGUUUACCGGGCUCUCGCUUUUCCCCGGUCGCGCUCAGUUAGCUUAUGUCACGACGGGUUUGUACCAGACCUCUUCAUGGCUGUCUACUCGCCAGGCGAGGGACCAGUGCCCUUUACAUACAGCGCCGAGGCAUUUCCUCUGCACAUUCGCGACAUCGACAUGUCGUCCAGCACGGCAAUUACAUGGGGCUUCAACUUCAUCACAAGCUUCAGCUGGCCGUCUCUAAGAGAGGCCCACGGCAAUACCGGCGCCUUUUGCUGGUACGCCGCUUGGAACUUCUUGGGCUGGGUCUUUGCUUACUUCUUCUUGCCCGAGACUAGGAAUCUCAUGCUGGAGGAGCUCGACAGUGUGUUUAGUAUGAAGAACAGGGAGCACGGCGGGUACUGCCUUCGAAAGUUGCCCUGGUACUCUAACAAGCACUUCCUUGGACGAGACGUUGCUCCGUUCCCGCCGUUGUAUCAGUUUGCUAAACAUCAGUCUUUGCCAAAUGACAAAACGGAGUCCGUCACUCACUAUAAAGUGGCGCCUUCCAACCCAGCCCCUAUUUAA